AUGUAUAGCAGGGUCCAACGAACGAAUAUAAAAAAGGUUCUUUGGUUCCUUGGUGCCUUGGUGCCUUGGUUCUUUGGCUCUCCAGGUUCUUGGGCUCAUUAUUUCCCACUUCUUCUUCUUUUUUCUCCUCCAAGUAUAAGCGGGAACAGUAAGUAACUGCUCGCCGGGAAUGCCCCAAUCAGGAUAAAUCUCUGGGGUAAACGACGGCUCCAGAAAGCAAAAGUGCCCGCCGAUAAGAGGUGUAUUUUUAAACACAAGCGAUUGAGUUGGACGAUAAAACCCGGAAGUUGCGGAAGCUGGAAGCGCUGGCGAAAGUUCCGACUUGGUGCGAUUAUAUAAGGGAAUCACGCCGGGAUGCAGUAUCAGUGCAAUCCAAACACUUGCCUUGAAAACCCAUAUCCUUUGCAACUAACUAACCACACAAUGAAAGUUCUCCUGGCUCUAACUUUCCUGGCCACUUUGGCUCUUUCACUGGCACUUCCCCAGGUGGGACAUGGAUCUGUAAAUGGACCCAGUGGGCGCUUUCCUAUGACGAAGAAUUGGGCGCAACCUCCGGUUGAUCUGCGAAAACCCAUUAUCUUUCUGCCAGAGGCCACGCCCAUUCACGAAGCCCAGGAGUCCCGCCCCCGACUAGCCAGACAUCGCAAGAGUGGAUAGAUGCCAAGAAAUAACUAUUUAUUAUUUAAUUUUAGCAAAUGUAUCUAUUGCAAAAACUAGCUGUUGCAUUGACAUCUUAUAGAUGCGAAUUAUAAUUAGCAAAACCUUAGAAAAGUCAAGGAAUUUUUGAAAUAUAAGGUAAAAAACCUGACACUAUCACGCUAAAAAUAGUUUAUAUUUUAAUAACUAAAUUUGGGACUUUAUACGCCUUAAUUGAACUAUAAACACACAUUGAAGUUUAAAAUAU